AUGGGAAGAAGUGGUGACAGGGAAGCAGAAGUUUUGCUGCUUUCUAAUGAAAUGCCAAACCCUCAUGCGAGGGAUGCAGGCUCUACACCAGUUCCCCCUCUUCCUGAUCUCAACAUGCAUCCUUUUGAUCUCAACAUGCUACCCACAGAGGAAGAGGUCGAGGAGGAGGAACACCGAGAUUAUACGGAAACCCAUGAGUCAGAAAUACAAAACCCUCGUCCUCAUGUGGAAGAAGACUCCGAUGAAUCUCCACCGUCGAUCGACACUACCAGGCACGUCGUUCUCUCCGGCGGUGGCUGUGAAGGCAAGAGUGGGAUACCUAAUGCUAUUCUCGUUUCUCAAUUCCAUGUCGAUUCCAAUUCUGUCUCUGAUCAGCCUGUUACAAAUGAUGAACAAGAACAAAUGGGAAUAAGUGAUGAUAGGGAAGCAGAAGUUUUGCUGCUUUCUAAUGAAAUGCAAAACCCUAAUGUUACAAAUGUUGAACGGGAACAAAUGGGAAGAAGGGAUGACAGAGAAGCAGAUGUUUUGCUGCUUUCUAAUGAAACGCGAAACCCUAAUGUGAGGGAUGCAGCUGCUACUAUAUAUUCAAGCCAAAGAAAGUUACAAUCAAUGGAAACUUCCAACAGUGAACACCAUUUUGAACAUGAAGAGUCUCACAACCACCCACGUCAACCAAGCUAUGGAAUGAUAUUAAACUUUAGUUAUUUAGAAUUACCACUCAAUCAUCCUUCUGGUCAGGUUACAAAUGAUGAACCGGUACAAAUGGGAAGAAGUGGUGACAGGGAAGCAGAAGUUUUGCUGCUUUCUAAUGAAGUGCAAAACCCUCAUGUGAGGGAUGCAGAUGAUACUAUCUCUACACCAGUUCCCCCUCUUCCUCAUCUCAACAUGCAUCCUUUUGAUCUCAACAUGCUACCCACAGAGGAAGAGGUCGAGGAGGACGAACACCGAGAUCAUACGGAAACCCAUGAGUCAGAAACACAAAACCCUCGUCCUCAUGUGGGUGAACCUGAUAUAUGUGUCAUAUGUCAGGAUGAGUAUGCAGCUGAGGAAUUAGUUGGAGAUCUUCGAUGUGGACAUCAAUAUCAUAUGAAAUGUAUAAAGAAAUGGUUGAGGAGGAUCACCAAAUGUCCAAUUUGCAGAGACACCGCCAUAUUUGUUCAACGUGUUUUUUUUCAAUAA